AACGACGUUAGUUGCGACCGGUCGGUGGCGCUAAUGAAAGGAAAGAAGCGAUCUCGCCAAUCGGCCAGUAACACGGUUGUUUGGUCGGGAGCCGAUCACGCGGACCGCCAAGACAAGAAAAUGUCGAAACUGCAAAAGCACGCGUCCGGAGAGUCGAAACGGGAGCAUCGACGUGCCGUCUUGACGCACGAAACUGCGGAAAAACGCGACCACACCAAGCUACGCUUGCAUCUUAUCAAAACACAGCGCGAACUCGCUAAACUCAAAGCUCGACUCGAAUCGUGGGACCCGCACGAAGAAAAAGAACGCCGACGAAUAGAACGGGCAGCCGCAGAACUAAACGUGGAGCAAGACAACGAUCCUCCCAAAAAGAAAGGUCGCAAAGGACCCGAAGCUUGGACGUUACGGGGUGCUGCACGAUCGGCUUGGGAAGUUUACGACUUUGAUACCCGCUACAAGGAUCCGCAUCUGGAAGCACACGCCCAGGCGAAGGAAAGAGCCCAGCGGUCACAGAAUAUUUUGGCACUGUGCAAGGGAACUUUUGCACAAGACGCUCCACCCGAAGGUCGUGACUAUCUGAGCCUGCUCAUGCAACUCGGACAUUUGAGUCAAGAGGCCAAACAGUUCAAAGCUGCACGUGCCGCAUGGUUGGAAUGUAUGGAUCUGGAAGGCAACAAGCCGAUUACUACGGCACGCGAAAGCCUUAUGCGAAUGUAUCUCGACCUGAAGCGAGAUGAGGCCGCAUUGCGAUUAGGGGACCGCCUGGUGGAUGACACAUCCGUCUGGGUACGAUACUCAACGGCACUACUGGCGGUGAAAACAAAAUCAGCUGACAAGAUGGAAACGCAUUUGGUGGCCGCCAUCAAGUCUAAUAUUUUCUGCGCAUACUAUCUCGCAUUUUACGAUACGUUUCGUACUGUUUUCGAAUACACCGAAGACUUUCAAGACGCAGAAGAUGAACCGCAAAGCUCGUUGGAAGAAGCCAUUGAGUACUGUACGAGCAAUCAAACGGAUUCUUGGAUUGAUAGCCAAGCAAACGUAUCGUUGCGAAAUCUUCUUCUGGCCGCCUCGAAAGGUCAACACCCGGCUCUCUUACCGUCUGAUCUGCAUUGGAGUGCACGGCUAGACAAAAUUGAAGAGGUGUUUGAAGCGAGGCGGCAGCAUGCGUACGAGGACGGCCAAGAUGCCGAGCCUUCCCAGGGGCCAGAGAAGACCAUUGAUGACGCUCAAGAAAGCGACGAAGAGGACGCCGACACUCCCAUUGACCUGGGAAUGUUCAUUGGCAUGUUUAGGACUGCAAUGGAAAUGGUGGAGGAGUCUGAUAUGGUAUGA